AAUAUUCUCCAACGAUAAGACGAGGACAGGAGGCUCAUCGUGAGCGAUUGCCCAACGCGAACAGCUGUACUUAUCACAAUUUGCGUGUCGAUCGAGUUCGAAUCGCCUGUCAAUAGCGCUAACGCACGACGGAGGCGAGGAAGCGACAGACGUAAAUAUCGCAGUGGCUUGGAGACUCCGGUGGGAGACAGAGAGAGAGAGAGGCGGACCGAUUGCGUUUUUCAAUCGAGUCUCGCGGCGUAAUAUUUCUCGAAUUGAGCGGUCACCGUGCGGCCAACCGGGACUCGCCGAGGGAGUCUUCGCAGAUGACCGAAGGCAACAGGUCACCACAUUGACCAUUUGACUAGUGGCCCGCCUACUCGCGUUAUUCGUUUGUUUACGUUUCACACCGCACUGGCGGCCACGCCAGUGCACCUCAUCAACAUUCGGCCCCACGUCGUCAGGUAUCUCUGCGCGACGCUCGCGAUCUUGUCGCCCGUCGCGCUUGCCCGCGACAUGGCCACGUAUGGACGUUAUCGCGGCAGGGACAAUCAGGAGCUCGUGCAACAUCUACGACGAUCCAGGGUGAUUAAAUCUGACAAAGUAUUUGAAGUGAUGAAUUCUGUGGACAGAGGAAAAUACACUGAUCCCAGUCAUGCCUAUAUAGAUGCACCACAGGGGAUCGGUUACGGCGUAACCAUCAGCGCUCCCCACAUGCAUGCGUAUGCCCUGGAAUUGCUUGAAGAAAAACUGAUUAAUGGCACAAGGGCGCUGGACGUCGGUUCUGGAUCCGGGUAUCUGACGGCGUGCAUGGCUCUUAUGAUGAGGCCGCAAGGCUUGGCCAUUGGAAUCGAUCAUAUUCCAGAGCUUCGAGCGAUGGCUGAAGAGAACAUUCGACAUGAUCACCCAGAACUUUUGAGCGAUGGACGUGUGGAAUUGGUUGUCGGUGAUGGGAGAUUGGGAUAUCCCAAUCGCGCGCCAUACGAUGCUAUUCACGUUGGAGCAGCUGCCAAAGAAAUGCCGCAAUCGUUGAUAGAUCAAUUAGCACCUGGUGGACGCUUAAUAGUACCUAUGGGUCCUGAGAAUUCAGAUCAAACCUUAAUACAAAUCGACAAGACUCUGGACGGUAAAAUCAAGCAGCGAUCCUUGAUAGGCGUAGUGUUUGUUCCUCUCACUGACAAGGAGCGACAGUAUCGUCGAUCAUGAGGCACGUGCCAGCUCCAAUAAGUGAGCGCCAUUUUAUUUAUUUUCGUAAUUACGUGUAUUAAUUUAUUAUUUUAACAUUUUAUGCGAAAUUACAGCUGUAUUCACAUAAAAAUACAACCGUGCAUAUAAAAUCAGUUGGAAAUCUAUGCUAGUGAUCAAUAUUACCAUCACUAGCUUUCUAUACGAGAUCAAUUAAAUUGUACACGGUCUAUGUACACUGCACUGACUCAUCUUUACAUAGUAAAUGUUUUAUUACAGGUCAAAAUUUAAGUAUAUAGAAUACUUAUUUUUAAUGAUUCUUUUAUCACAUUUUGUUUCACAAAAAGAUCAACUAUUGCUAAUUUCUACUUGCAAAGGACUUAGUUUUAUAUCUAAACACGUAACACAAAAUAAAUUGACAAUGUUUUCCAGCUUGUAAACUAUAUGAAUGUAUACUACAUUUGAAAAGAAAAAUAAAUUUAGAUUAAUGCCUG